AUGCCACGGUCGCCUGAGCCCCAGCUUGUCCGCCGACUCGAGAUGCCUGCCGGUGGGGCAAACGACGCUCCCUCAUCCGACUCGGAGAGCGAGGAUGGCGCGGCUAAGGGCGAGGAGGUGUACGAGGUCGAGGCGAUCAGGGCGUCGCGGUUCGAUGCGACAACGUCGGCGAUGAGAUACUUGGUCAAGUGGAAGGGUUACAGCGAGGACGAGAAGACCUGGGAACCCAUCGAGAACCUCGAGAACUGUCUCGACCUCGUCACGGAGUACAACAAGCGCAAGGAAGAGCGGGAGGCUAGGCGCGCUUCCAUCACGCCAGGUGUUUCGCUUCAGGACGCGCUGAACAAGAAUAUACGUUUGCCCGGCGCCAGUGCGGACGAGUCGUCGGAUCAGGGCCUCAGCAUGAAGGAGUUGGAUGCGCGGAGGGCAAAGGCGAAGAAGAAGCAGAGUCGGGCGAGCACGACAUCGACUUCGGCUGGACGGGUUGAGGACGCCGUCGCAGACAAGUGGGAGAGGAAGGCGACGGGCAAGGAUCAAAAGACAAAGUCCGCCUCGACUGAGGCAUCGCCUGUUGCCUCGACCAGCAAGGCGUCCGUCCAGCAACCGCCGAAGAAGAAGAAGGCUUCAAAGUCUGAUACGACGGCGGAGAAGCCCAAGUCAAGUCAGAAGAAGCGCAGGGUUGAGGAUGCCAAGGCUACACCACCGCCUGCCAAGAAGCCUAAAAAGGCUCGGCCAGUGGUUGCUUCGGAGUCAUCCGAUUCUGACGACCACGCUGCCACGGUCCGCCGCACGAAGCAGCCGACUCCUCUCACCGCCGCCACUAGCUCCACGAAAGAGGGUACCGCUCCUGCCGCCCCGCCGUCGACUGCCGCAAAGCCAACUCCGAGUCCGCCGACGGCCGCCACUCCAGAUGCCGCACCGGCGCCCACAGCAUCUACCUCUGCGCAGCGCCUUCCUCCCGAACCUACUCCACAGCCACAGCAGACGCAGACAAACAAGCAGGAGCCGCUGAAGACAGCGCUCGCACCGAUCAUCGACGACGCUGCGUCGCAGGCGCGGACCGCCGAUCCAGUCUUUCAAGGACCUUGGGCUGGAGCGCUCGGCAAGCUUCUUUCCAAGUCUUUCAGGAAAUCUCCUCCUCCUCCGCCACCUCUCGCCGAGCAACUCGCCGCCGUGAACGGGCGCGUGCGGUUCUCCGAAGAUCCUGUCAGGCUCGCGCAGGUUUCGGCAGCUCCUCGACACUCAACUGCCACCCAACCGCACUCUGCCCUCCGCCAAACCUCGCUCCAGCCUUCUCCGAUCGAGCCGAAUGGCGCCACCCCUCCGCAACCUCUCGGCUCAGUCAGCCCGAACCUGCGAUCUCAGCAGGUCCCGGCCGCUACUGACCCUCGCCGCCGCCCGCAAGGCUCGCCUGCGCCUGUUGCAGCCCAGGUCAACGGCUACGACUCGCGUGCGGCCUCGCCGGUUGAAGCGAAGCCGCAGGUUCAGGUCGCUCAGCCGCAGGCAGCCGCCGAGGAUGUUGCCGCGCGAGAGAAGAAGGUGAAGGACCGCGCAACGCAGCUGCAGAACCUCGAGAACCGCCUUCGCCGGUCGCCCUGGUUCCAGUCGCGCCCAGAAUUCGUCACGGAAGACUUGACCGUUGCGUGCACCAUGGCGAUUCCGAUCGACCCGCACCUCGUCAUGCGACUGAAGGCGAAAGGAGUCGCCGUCCUCGUCUCGCAUGGCAGGGAUGAAACUGUCUCCGGUGAAGGGCUUGCGCUCGCUUAUCUGCUCAUGCGUAUGUGCGCGACGACGCCGAGCAAUAUGCAGGAGGUCGAGGCUGUCUGCAUCCACCGCAAGGAACCGCUCGUCGCCCUCGAAGCGCUGUACUGCGAGCUCGUCAACCUCGAUCGCCACUUCGUCGAGUUCUUCUACUUCGGCGGUGACGAGCCCGCUACGCCCGUCUUCACGCAUGGCUACCACGUCCUUCCGACUCUCGCCGCGCUCCAGCAGGGCGCUGCGUUUGAUCGCUUCUGUCAGUUCAGCCGCGAUCCCGUCAGCGGGCACUGCGUCGUCGCAGUUCAUCCGGCGACGGUUGCGAUGGCUCGCAAGGAGGUCAACUGGCCUCGCAUCCACGACAGUCUAUCCGGCCACCAGAUCGACGUCAUCGGGCGCGAGAUGAUCAAGCUCGACUCGGCUUUCGCGACGGUCGAGAAGAGCGAGCUGCUCGAGAGGGCGGUCACGUUCCGACCUCUUCCGCACGUCACGUCGGAGUCGGAGUUCGCCGAGAUCAUCAAUCACUCGGUUCACGUGAGGGCGAACUACCCGACUGUCUGGCGCCGCUUCAUCGUGGUUGUCAGCGAGUCUGUCGAAGAGCAGGUGCAGAAGGCGAGGACGUGCGGUGUUGAGGUACAUACUUGGUCGUCUCUCGCUGAGCUUGUCACGGCGAAUCCGUUCGGCUGA